AUGUUCAAGAACGUUUUCAAAAAGCUUGAGCAAGGUGUUGCCCAGUCAAAAGCUGUUGUUUCUGGAUUGACAAGGGGUGAUGACAGUGCCACUUCUUCAGAUUCAUUAGGAGGGCCUGUUGCAGAAAGCACGCCUAAAAAAGAUGUCAGACUUGGUGUUAAGGACUCUAGCAAGGACUCUAGAAGUAAUGACUCUGCUGAUUUAAGGAGGAGUAACAUUAGGGCGGAUGUUUCAAGUGAACAGUUUCAUGAUAUGUCUGUUUUAGAAAGACCAAAUGGCGUUGGAAAUGAGAUUCUGACUGAUAACUCUUUUGUCUUGUUUCAGAGAGAAGUUAAAGACAACAGGUCUCGGACAUCUUCCAUCAGUUCAGUGAUCAGUGAUAAUGCUUAUUCUCCUAAUACUAGUCUUUCUCAACACUACACCAUGCCAUCAGAUGUUGAAAGCGAAGCUGAGGAUAUUACUGUCAAUCUGUCGUCUGUCUCCAAGGAGGAACUGUACUCAUUAGUGAAACGCUUAGAGCAUAGAGCAGUCAAGUACAAAUCAAAGUUUAUGGAGCUUGCAGCAGGACAUAAGGAUGUGCUACAAGAAAAAGAACAACUCAAGGUAAGAUUGCCUUUAAUUGUUU